CGAAAUUUUACCACCACUAAAGUAUCAUAUAAUUUAUCUGUCAAAUUGUAUGUUUACAUUUUGUAAUUGCACGUUGUUUAACUGAAUAAAAGAAAAAAAAAAUAAAAAUGGUAAAUAAUCCAUUUCGUAGCAAACCUUCCACAAAUGUUCAACAAAAUGUUGAUGAUUGGGGUAAAACUAAAUUUAAACCAAAUAAAUUCGGAGGCGGUGGCGGCCGUGGCGGUAAAAAACCUUUUAACAAAUCUCAAGGUGGCAGAUUCGGCAAUAACAAGCCAUUCCGUGGUGGAAAAUUCGACAAUCGUAAAGGAAAUAAUCAUAAAAACAAGGACAACUAUAAAUUUAAUCAAGUAGCACGCGAUGCUAAGCCAGAAAAUGCUACACCAUGGAAUAAGUACAAGGAUGAAAUUGUCUACAAGCAACGUGAAGAGGAGCAAGCAGCUUUGCAGGCCAACAUGGACACCAAAGAUGCUAAAACUGCUCUGAAGCAACGUGAAAUGAACUAUAGAAAGUUACUAAUCGAACAAAAGAAACAGGAAUCCACUGUAUGGGAAGAUUUCGGAGAAGAAGAUGAGGAUAACCGCAAAACGAAACAGAAAAAACAUAAAAAUAUUGUAGAAACUUCCCCAGAUGUCGCGCUUAACGAAAUUAAGGAAGAGAAAGGAAGGAAAAAUUUUAAUAAGAAACAAAAGAAAGCAGAAAAUAAAUUAAAUUCUGAAUCUAAAACCAAGUUCAAGAAAAAUGUUUCAAACUCGGAACUUAAAGCAGACGUUAAAGAAUUCAUAUCAAAGGAACUUUUAGACAACUUCGAUAGUAAAAAGUUAAGCUUUAAGCAAAAUGAUACAUUGCGACGUAAUAUAACGAAAACUACGAUGUUAUCCUUUGGUAAUACACUUGAACGUACUGUCAAAGAUAUGAAACAGAAGAAAAUGAAAAAGAAAAACCAAAAUAAAAGCUAAAAAAUGCA